AUGCCCAACUCGGCACCCACGCUUUUCCAAACCGCAUUGUACACGACCCCUACAUCAUCCACCAUCAACCUCCCAUACGCCAACAACAACAACAACAACAACAUUGGUAUCAACUCGGCAGCCAACCUUUUUUCAAAUAAUAACAAUACUCUCCCUUCACUCACCUUGUCGGCAACGGCUAAUCAUCAACGUCGUAAUUCAUCUUCUUCAUCCGAUGAUGAAAUAUUUAAUCAAAAUGAUUUCCAUUAUAUAGGUGAUUAA